GGGUGGAAAAAUUAUAAAGAAUUGCUGGUUGUGGAAAAAUGUCUUCAGUGCCUGAUGGCAAGAAAUUGGUCCGAAGCCCAAGUGGACUUCGAAUGGUCCCGGAGAAUGGAGCGUUUAACAGCCCUUUUUCGUUAGGUGAACCUCAGUGGGUCCCAGACAAAGAGGUAAGUGACUAUUGGAGAGGAAAUAAAGAGGGCAACGCCGCUCAGACAACCGGACUUGGCGUUGCAUUCUUGCUGCUGCUGACCACUGUCGGUACAGUAGGGUCAAAGAUGUGUAUAACUAGCUAACCCAAGAUAGUAGACCAGACUCAUUGUUCUAUCUGGUAGGGUUGUCACUAGCUAGUUUCCACAGUCACAAUUGUAUAUUGUAAAAGAUGUAUGAAAACAAAAAUUAGUUUGGGCAUAAGGAUAGUAGUGUAGUUAGGGUUAGGUUAAAAUCAGAUUUUAAGAAGAGAAAUUGUAGAAAUAGGCGGGGUUUAGCCAUCAUUAUGACUUCGUGGCUGUGGUAAGAGCCAACUAACGCGUUACUUCUCACUUGAUUGAUUGCAUGCCAAAUGGUUGAUAGCUAGCUAUAUCAUUUUUCGUAUUUUGGUUUCGUUUUAACAAUGCUCUGCAGUUUGCUAGCUGUAAAUGCCAAGAACUGCCGGUAGUUAGCUUGCUAGUAGCUAGCUAGCUAGUAGUUAACGUUCUAAAGUAGACAACAGGGAGCCAUCACUAACGUUACAGUAGCUAGCUAACGUUAGCUACAGUAUUUUGCAACUCUAACAGGCUCUACCAAAAUACAGAACAAAAGCUGCCACCUGCCUCGGCAAGUGAUUGCUGUUCAUAUGAUGGCAAGUUAGUUUAAAACCUUAUUUUCUCGCCUUCUCUGCGAGAUGUACACAUGCGAGUGGUCCAUGAUCAUGGGUCCACAUUGGAAAACACUGUUGCUGUCAGUGAUGCUGCCCUUGUGUCAGGUGGAGGGGGGCAGGGAAGCACUGGACUGUAAGAGAAUGUAAAAGAAAGGGAACAAUGGAGGGUGUGCGUAAAUGAAUGUGGGGGAUGGGCAUGGGACAUGGUUGUGUGAUGGACUUUACAGUAAUCCUUCCCAGCAGCUUCACGCCUCACUGCCUCCACCUAUGUGUUUAAAUGGUCACAGCUUCUUAAAGUGGUGGUAUUAAAGUAACUAUCCAGUGUUUCCAGAUUUCUAUGAAAUAUGACCGAUAAUGAAUUACAAUUGGAGUUUUUUCCUUCCAAAAAAUUGUAAUUAACUUUUUUAUUUUUUAUAUAUUUUUUUAACUAGGCAAGUCAUGGGGGGAAAAAUCGAUAGUUACAAAUCAGGAUUAUUUUUUACAAUACAUCGUAUCAUUUUCAAUAUAAUCUAAUUUUUGCGCUAGUUGGCUGUACCUGCACCAAAACUCCAGUAUUUUUCCUUAAUAGCUUGUUCUCCAUCUUUUUAAAUAGGGAGACAAUUCGUUUUCAGCACCUAUUUCCAUGACUGAUCAAAACUCGUUUUCUCAUGGCCCUCUCUUGUCCCUCUGCAGCAGACAUAUGGUGAGCAAUAUGUUUGGAACAUCGAAUCGCAAUACAUAUUUUUUAUUUAUUUUUUUCUCUCCAAUUUGUGAUUUGGCCACAUACGAGUAUAGGCUGAGUCAACAACAUUAUUUGGGUAUGAGUUAAAAGAAUAUUAACUUUUAAAAGUGUGAUUUUCACUGGACAGUUACUUUAAAACAGUCAGUGUUACCUUACAGUCUGGGGUUAUGUUACUGUGAGGGUUGUGAUGAUCGUGUUAUUAGAAGAGAGAGGUCUUUCGGUAAUCCAUUUAAACUGUGUUUCAGAGGUUGUUGUGUCCACGUUUGAACUUGAGUGAACCAACGAACUGUUGGCUAAUGUCCUGUUCCUCUUACAGUGCCCAAGCUGUAUGCAGUGCAACAAAAAAUUUGACUUCCUUACAAGAAAGGUUUGACUUGCUUUACUAUGAUCCCAUAAUAUAUCAGAAACAUUCCAAGUUAUAGGGCUAGGCCUUACCUGACUGUGGACCAAAAAAUUUUCUGUAGCCCUUACAUGCUUUUGCACAGUUAAGAUCUCUGCAAUGGAUGGAACUGUGCUUUCCUCCUUUACCCUCAUCACUCCCUCCCCUGUUCUGUUGGUGUUCAGCACCACUGCCGGCGGUGUGGCCGGUGUUUCUGUGAUAAGUGCUGCAGUAAGAAGGUGGCUCUGCCACGGAUGUGCUUUGUCGACCCGGUCCGGCAGUGUGGAGCGUGCAGCCGGGUCUCCCAGAAGGAAAUGGAUUUCUAUGACAAACAGCUCAAAGUGCUUAUGGGAGGUGAGUUCAAAGGAAAUAAUAAAUCAUGUCAGGAGGACAUCCAAACACACAGACCUGUCCAUGUUAACAGCUGUGUGUAUAGGGCGGUUAGUGAGCAGGGCUAGGCCUGAUGUGAUGCUGUCCUGCCCCGCGCUACCCCCUCCUGACUAGUGAAGUGUUGGUGCAGACCAGUGUGGUUAUAAAUAGGCCCCUCCACACUGCUUCGCUCAGCCAGGCUCAUAAUGAAAAAUCCAUUAGCAGCAUGGCGAGAUCCAGGGCAAGGGCCGGCUGCAGUGGCAGGGACAUACUGUGGGGACGGGGACCUGGAGCAUGUUGGACUAAUGGGGUCAUGUUAGCCAGUUAGCAUGGUCAAUCAAUGCUGUAUUCUUAGUAUAACACCAGUGGACUGGGAGGUAUCUACAGUUUGAUGGAUUUUUGAUUGCAUGCUCAUUGGUUUGACUCAUUGGUAACACUACUACUUUGUCAUACUCAGGUGGUACAUUUAUUGUCACUUUGGGCACCUCAGAGAAGUCUGAGACCAUGAUGUGUCGUCUCUCCAACAACCACAGGUAUCGUGAGUGUUUUAUAUUUCACACAGACACACAGGGAAAGUAUCUAGAAUGGAGUUCUUUAGGUUAAUACUGAACGGACAUGUCCCUGGGCUUUGAUAGAACCACUAGAAAAAUUCAAAUGUUUCACCUGAAAGACUUUCAGUACAUCACUUUGUCUCACACCCCUUCACUUGCUCUUAUUUCUCCCUCUCUCCUCAGGUAUCUCUUCUUAGAUGGUGAGAGCCAUUUUGAGGUGGAGCUGUCUUGGAUCUCCAGUAUGCAGGUGUUGACAGAGGAGUCCACCCCUGAAGGUAAGGAUCUGGAUCAGAUGUCCUCUGGUUGUUAACACAGCCUGGCUUUAUCUCCCUCAGUACAGAGGGCAGUACGACAGUACAGCUUAUUGAUCAAGAUACACUACUGUUCAAAAGUUUGGGGUCACUUAGAAAUGUCCUUGUUUUCAAAAGAAGAGCAAAAUGAUAAACUUGGAUUAGCAAACACAACGUGCCAUUGGAACACAGGACUGAUGUUUGCUGAUAAUGGGCCUCUGUACGCCUAUGUAGAUAUUCCAUUAAAAAUCAGCCAUUUCCAGCUACAAUACCCAUUUACAACAUUAACAAUGUCUACACUGUAUUUCUGAUCAUUUUGAUGUUAUUUUAAUGGACAAAAAAAAAGUUUUUCUUUUCGAAAUCAAAGACAUUUCUAAGUGACCCCACACUUUUGAACAGUAGUGUACAUUAUGGCUUCCUGUGGGUGGAGGAACUAGCUCUAUCUCCUCUUUAUGACCGGAAGUGUUAUUUUAAAUCCACAGUAAAAUUCUGAUGACUGUCUCUUCAUUGUAUUGAUUUGAAACCCCAUAACUGAUCUAACAGCAUGGUAAGUACAGUAAGUUGGUGGUCAUACCUGACUGUUUCCUCUCUGCUAUAAUAUUAACACUCUCUCCCUCUCUCUGCCUCUGGGCGGCCUGGCCCUUCUCCUUUUGGCCUUAGAGAAUGAUGUUUACACUUACACCAGUCUGCUGGACAGUCAGUAUAUAUCUGAAGGUUAGCAGUGUUAUACUCCCUCGUCCCCCACUCUCCCUUAUUCCGUCCCAUCUUAACUUCAUCUGCCUGCAGAGUUUGUGGCCCUGCUUUUGAUAAGAAUGCCUUUGCCAUCAUUGUACAUGCAUUUGAUAUCAGUGGUAGAACAAAGGCAACAUCCUUAAAAUCCUUGUCGUAUGCAUGCUUCCAUGGGGGGGGGGGGGGGGGGGCGUGUUGUGUCUGAUUAUACACCCAGAGUGCGUCUCAUUGCCCCUCUUUGCCUGUGACCAGGAUCAUGUUCAUUAGGGCACACCAUAGCAAAUGUACAUUGAGUGUACAAAACAUUAGGAACACCUUCCUAAUAUUGAGUUGCACUCCAUUUUGCCCUCAGAACAGCCUCAAUUCGUUGGGCAUGGACUCUACAAGGUGUCAAGCAUUCCACAGGGAUGCUGGCCCAUGUUGACUCCAAUGCUUCCCACAGUUGUGUCAAGUUGGCUGGAUGUCCUUUGGGUGGUGGACCGUUCUUGAUACACACAGGAAACUGUUGAGCAUGAAAAACCCAGCAGCGUUGCCGUUCUUGACAGACUCAAACCGUUGCGCAUGGCACCUACUACCAUACCCCGUUCAAAGGCACUUAAAUAUUUUGUCUUGCCCAUUCACCCUCUGAAUGGCACACAAACAUAAUCCAUGUCUCAAGGCUUUAACUGUCUCCUCCCCUUCAUCUACACUGAUUUGAAGUGAAUUUAACAAGUGACAUCAAGGGAUCAUAGCUUUCACCAGGUCAGUCUGUCAUGGAAAGAGCAGGUGUUUCUAAUGUUUUGUACACUGUAUGUUCUCAUUUUCUUAAGUCUAUAGCUAGAUUUCUUUAUCAUUUCGUUGUUUGUUAUUAUGUACGUUUCUCGCAAAGUUCAUUACUUUGAACACCAGGUAGCAGUUUUUGUUUCAAAGUCUGAGCUAAAGCCUUUAGAGUCCAUACAAGGAUAGUGAGUGUGUUACUAAACCUUGAUUAACUUUGUGUUUUGUGUCCAGGGGGAAACUGCAGGGCCAGUGGCAUGUUGCUCCACUACAAACCAAUGGGCUCUCAGGACCCCCAGCAGCUACGCAUGAAGGCAGCAGAGGACAAGAAAACCGCCUCCUCAUGGCUUGCUGCCAUGCACAAGGUACACCACGAUAACAGGCUGGCUUGUGUUUUUAAUAUGAAUGCUAUAUUUGACUUAAAGAUACUACUGAAAUGUACAGUGGGGGAAAAAAGUAUUUAGUCAGCCACCAAUUGUGCAAGUUCUCCCACUUAAAAAGAUGAGAGGCCUGUAAUUUAUCAUAGGUACACGUCAACUAUGACAGACAAAAUGAGAAAAAAAAAUCCAGAAAAUCACAUUGUAGGAUUUUUAAUGAAUUUAUUUGCAAAUUAUGGUGGAAAAUAAGUAUUUGGUCAAUAACAAAAGUUUCUCAAUACUUUGUUAUAUACCCUUUGUUGGCAAUGACACAGGUCAAACGUUUUCUGUAAGUCUUCACAAGGUUUUCACACACUGUUGCUGGUAUUUUGGCCCAUUCCUCCAUGCAGAUCUCCUCUAGAGCAGUGAUGUUUUGGGGCUGUCGCUGGGCAACACGGACUUUCAACUCCCUCCAAAGAUUUUCUAUGGGGUUGAGAUCUGGAGACUGGCUAGGCCACUCCAGGACCUUGAAAUGCUUCUUACGAAGCCACUCCUUUGUUGCCCGGGCGGUGUGUUUGGGAUCAUUGUCAUGCUGAAAGACCCAGCCACGUUUAAUCUUUAAUGCCCUUGCUGAUGGAAGGAGGUUUUCACUUAAAAUCUCACGAUACAUGGCCCCAUUCUUUCCUUUACACGGAUCAGUCGUCCUGGUCCCUUUGCAGAAAAACGGCCCCAAAGCAUGAUUUUUCCACCCCCAUGCUUCACAGUAGGUAUGGUGUUCUUUAGAUGCAACUCAGCAUUCUUUGUCCUCCAAACACGACGAGUUGAGUUUUUACCAAAAUGUUAUAUUUUGGUUUCAUCUGACCAUAUGACAUUCUCCCAAUCCUCUUCUGGAUCAUCCAAAUGCACUCUAGCAAACUUCAGACGGGCCUGGACAUUUACUGGCUUAAGCAGGGGGACACGUCUGGCACUGCAGGAUUUGAGUCCCUGGCGGCGUAGUGUGUUACUGAUGGUAGGCUUUGUUACUUUGGUCCCAGCUCUCUGCAGGUCAUUCACUAGGUCCCCCCGUGUGGUUCUGGGAUUUUUGCUCACCAUUCUUGUGAUCAUUUUGACCCCACGGGGUGAGAUCUUGCGUGGAGCCCCAGAUCGAGGGAGAUUAUCAGUGGUCUUGUAUGUCUUCCAUUUCCUAAUAAUUGCUCCCACAGUUGAUUUCUUCAAACCAAGCUGCUUACCUAUUGCAUAUUCAGUCUUCCCAGCCUGGUGCAGGUCUACAAUUUUGUUGCUGGUGUCCUUUGACAGCUCUUUGGUCUUGGCCAUAGUGGAGUUUGGAGUGUGACUGUUUGAGGUUGUGGACAGGUGUCUUUUAUACUGAUAACAAGUUCAAACAGGUGCCAUUAAUACAGGUAAUGAGUGGAGGACAGAGGAGCAUCUUAAAGAAGAAGUUACAGGUCUGUGAGAGCCAGAAAUCUUGCUUGUUUGUAGGUGACCAAAUACUUAUUUUCCACCAUAAUUUGCAAAUAAAUUCAUUAAAAAUCCUACAAUGUGAUUUUCUGGAGAGAAAAAAAUUCUCCAUUUGUCUGUCAUAGUUGACGUGUACCUAUGAUGAAAAUUACAGGCAUCUCUCAUCUUUUUAAGUGGGAGAACUUGCACAAUUGGUGGCUGACUAAAUACUUUUUUCCCCCACUGUAUGUUGUGAUAUCCAAGCUUCAGACCUGCCAUUGCGUACUGUGUGUAAAUGGCUGAAUAGUUAUUUUGUAUAGUUCUGCCUGUACUACAUCUCUGUUCCCUGACAGGGUGCCAAACUGCUGUAUGAAGCUCGGGACCAGUGACUGAUUGCUAAGAUGACUAGAGAGUGAGAGAUGGCACAGACCAAGUGUUUUCCUUCUUACCCUUAAGUCUCACAUUAUCUCUAAAUGCUGACAGUGCAUUUUAGUCACACUUCACUUGAACUAUUUGGCCAAUAACCCAUCUAAUGCUGCCACCUAUGUAAUGCAAUCAUAGACAUAAAACACUUGGCAUAACCCUUUCCCUUCACCACCAUUCAUGUGACAAAUGACCUUAAAAGCAUUAUGUAGGGUCUGUGACACAGUUCAAGUGAAGUUUCUUUGUACAUUCUGUCUAUACUCUGCUUUCGGUGCUGUCAGAUUAUUCACUGAUUAGUGAAAUAUACAUGUAUGUAUACACACAGUUUAUGAAAUGCUUUAAAUGUAAUCCCAUGCAUUGGAUUUUUGUAUA